AUGAACGCUGACGAAGAUAUCUCCCUGCCACGUCAAUCUACCACCACUUCGCCCACUCUCCUCGUCCCGCCGCCUACAUUUCCCUUCUUAUUCCACAUCUCACAGAGCUUCAAUGACAAUGCACAUCCUCCGCCAAUCCCUGCGCAUCCCGGCCCGAGGUCAUACUCGCCUUCGAGACCACCAACGUCAGCAGAAAUUGACGCUGUUAUCGCCGCUGCCAUUGCCAACGCUCCUCCUGCCCCUCCACCUUCCAAUGACCCGAUACCAGAGGGCAUCAACCGGUCCAUCACUCCUCUUAUGACAAACUUUCUACCUGCUUCUGUCGGAUCAGACGGCCGUGUGAACCUCUUCGUCGGUAAUCUGCCAUAUCGUGUUCGUUGGCAAGACUUGAAGGAUCUGUUCCGUAAAGCUGGAACCGUAUUACGCGCAGACGUCAGUCUAGGCCCAGACAACCGGAGUAGAGGAUACGGGACGGUCCUUAUGGGUAGCAGAGAGGACGCCGCUCGAGCUAUAGACCGAUUCAACGGCUUCACUUGGCAAACAAGGACUCUAGAAGUCCGUCCUGACCGCUUGCCACCCGAGUAUGAGGCUCAACCCCAUCCUCUUCAUCUCGGCAAUGGAGGACCAAGAGGAGGUCAAAUGUAUACCUAUCACAACAUGUCUGGCGCUGGACAUGCUCCCUUCGCCCUCGCCGGCAAUCUGACACCUUCCCAUGGUCCACCUUGGCCACCAGGUGGUCAAAUGCCAAAUCACGGCCAUGGCGCCGUUCGUCCUCCCUCUCACUUGUCCCAAAGUCCGCAUCCUCCCUUUGGUUCACACUUGUCGUCUGGCAUCAUGGGACUCCCGCCAGGUGCUCACCCCAUCAAUCUCAGUCCCCAACCGUCCGCCAUGGGCCUUUCAUCAUCUUCGCCAGCCUUGUCAGGGGCCAGCCCGAAUCCAAGCGAUGGUCAUAGCACUGGCACGCAUCAAUACGGGGCUUCCCCUCUCGCUGGGUCUCUCACCAUGGGCGUAGAGGGCCAUCCUGGCAGUCUGAAUGCUCUUGAUGCUCGGCGACGUUCCUCCAUCACACCGUUCGCGCAUUCGCUGCCCUCGGAAUCUGGAUCCCUCCCACGAUCAAGUUCUCCUGCCAUGGCUCCAGGAUAUACGACCAGUGGUCCCUCUCGUCCAAGUACAGGAGCUGGUAGUAUUGGCAAGAAUGGGUCAUCAUCACCCUCUCGAGCCGAUUCGGGCGCUCAUCCAUCCCGUGCGCCGCCUCCUGGUCAUCUGGGACCUCUACCACCCACCAUGUUUGCCGGGGUCAAGACUGCCGGCUCGCCGGGGGAAGGUAUCGUAAACACCAAUGGUCACUAUGAUUCUGGCCCUGGCCACGUCAAACCAGUCAUCGCACCACUGCCCAUCGCAAUGGAAGGUUUGACGCAUCAAGGGGCACAUAUGGGCCCACCACAGACCCUACACGACCGUGUCGUGUUCGUCUCCAACCUACCCUUACACAUGCAAUGGCAAGAAUUGAAGGAUCUUCUACGCCCAGCUGGUGUCAUCAUACGCGCCGACGUUGCUACGGACGUCGACGGAAGGCCGCGUGGAUUUGGCACUGCGCUCUUUGCGACUGAAAAGGAUGCUGCGAAGGCCGUGCAGCUGUACAACAAUCGCGAGAUCGCCGGUCACGUCAUACGAGUCAGUCUGGAGCGAGAUAUUCGCCACGACAAAGCCAUGGACCACGAGCGACAUGCAGUCGAAUCGCAGUCUCCACCGAAUGUACCUUCAUCUCACGCCGCGAGUAAUCCAUCACCAUCCAGAGAGUCACCAUCGUCCAAAGUCCCCUGGUCGCUCAACACCUUUAUGACUGACACUCAAGCCAACAUCGAUAACCAGUUACGGUCGCGAGAGUCCACGCCAGUUCAUGGAUCAUCUUAUCGCCUUUCACACAUUCCCGGUCCUUUGAGCAUGCCACCGUUUGCGCCUCUUGAUUCACCUGGUCUCGGUCCCCUUUCACCUCCCUUGGCCACUCCUCGUGGUCUCCCGCCCAUGACACCUUCCAUGCCUGGAUUCGUAUUCAAUGCUUAUCCUGAGACACCGCCUCUUCACCCUCACUUCCUCUCGCCAGGGGCAGGACCCUUCUCACCUGGUCUUCCCGUCUCUUCGCCAGUGUCGUCAUUUCAAUUCAAUCCGAAUCUCAACCCUGCGCCCGGUGCUCCGGUCAACAGGUAUCCUCAAAAUCCUUCUGGGCAAAGUGGAUCAGCGGCUCUAGGUACACCGACGACUCAGGCUUUCCCUCUGAAUCAUUCUCAAGGGUUCGGACCGCCAGGUGGUCAAGGUGCAUCACGACGUAAUGGAGGGGACUAUUUCCCGCCUAUUGGAUCCAUCGGCUCAACAUUUGAUGCCGGAUCACCCAUCUCAACCUUGUCCCCUCUAUCCUCUCGCGCUGCGCUCUCGCCGUCUCCUCUCAACGCAAGGGACAGACUUGCUUCCAGCAGCCCAUCUUCGCCCAGUGAUGCAAACGAGCCGAUAGAAGAUGAAAAGCUAGCACAUCAGACAUCCAUGUUGACCAUGGAUGAUCCUCCAAUGUCUACGUCGACCCCCGAAGAAGACGAUGAAGUAGACCCUAACAAGACUCCCGUCACGUCAAAUGCCGAACUACUCAACGUCAAUGGGAAAGGGAACGGACGAAUGAGUAUGGAAGAACGAAGACCUCUCGGUGUAUGGGAUAACAGUGAACGAAGGGCCAGUUUCGGGGACAUUGUCGCAGGUCGAGCUAGAUCAUGA